UGAUAGUAAUGAACGGUUUGCUUACAUAUAUUUUAGAACAUAUGAAGAUGCUCAUGAUGCUAGACAUACAAAAUCUCGUUUAAUACUUUUUGACAAACCAGUUCAGGUUGAUCCAAUUUUUGAUAGGGAUUUGGUAGGUAGAAGAAACAGGAGUAUGAGCCCUGACUAUGGUCCAAUGAGAAGUGUGUCACCAGCUCAUUCAACAGGAAGUGCUGGGGGUAUGGGUAGACGUUCAGGGGGUGGGAGACAUAGUAACUUUGACCCAAGUCCUGGGCCACCUCCAUUUGGACCCCCACCUCUUUAUAGAGAACUACCAAUGCGACAUGAUAUGCACCAUGAUUUUCACCCCCCACCUCAUAGACGAGAUGAAGCUAAAAAAGAGAAAUUUCCUAACUACCUUCAUCAUGUACCACCAGAAGAAGAUGACAAAGCAACUCGAACACUUUUUGUUGGAAAUUUAGAAGUAGCAAUUCCUGAAACUGAAUUGCGUCGAAUUUUUGAAAGAUAUGGUGUUGUAGAAGAUAUUGAUGUAAAAAGACCCCCUCCAGGUCAGGGAAAUGCUUAUGCUUUUAUUAAGUUUUUGAACCUUGAUAUGGCUCACAGAGCCAAGGUUGAAAUGUCAGGUCAAUACAUUGGAAAGUUUCAGUGUAAAAUUGGUUAUGGGAAAGCAACUCCAACAACUAGAAUUUGGGUAGGUGGACUUGGCCCAUGGACAUCUCUGUCUCACCUAGAGAGAGAAUUUGAUAGGUUUGGAGCCAUCAGGAAAAUUGACUUUGUCAAAGGUGAUAACCAUGCUUAUAUUCAGUAUGAUAGUAUUGAUGCUGCACAAGCAGCUUGUCAAGAGAUGCGUGGAUUUCCUUUGGGUGGUACAGACAAAAGACUGAGAGUGGAUUUUGCAGAUCCAGGACCUUAUAGCUAUUUUGAGUCUGGAAGACCUGAUUUUAGAGAUGAUGCAGUAGAUCAGUUUCCAUUUCCUCAUCGUGGAGGGCGUGACCUUCCACCACCUGAGGAGUUUUUUGGUGGUCCAGACUGGCCACCAAAUCGAGGCUUUCCUCAUUCGCCAUCUUAUUAUUCUUGGCCAUUAGAACUUGAUGACCACAGUAGAGGAGACUAUAGGGAAUGGAACAGAGACAGACAAAAUUGUUGGGAUGAACCAGGCAGGGGAGGACGUGGGGAAGUUGGGAAUGACAGGCGUAAACGACCAGUGACCCCAGAUGAGAAAGGUCUUCCGGAUGGAGCUCCUACACUAGCCCGACUAGAUGGUGUACCAUUCAAACAUUCUCUUAGAUCACACACUCCUGAACCAGGUGAGCAUGAAAGAACUCCAAGUAACAAAGAUCCAAUGUCUCCUCGAAGGACAAAAGGUGAUAUUGUUCGAUUAUCCAAGGAAGAUCUGGAAAGAAAAGAACGUGAGCAAGGUGAAGUUGAUAAAGAGUGUGAAGUGGGAAGAACCCAAGGGCAUACUGAUGGUGAGCCAAGUGAAAAUGGAAGAAAACUGAUACCUGAUAGUGUUGUGAAAGAAGGUGUUGUUUCAGUUGCUGACAGUGUCACAAAUCUCCAAGAUCUAGCAAAAUGCUGCCCUGUAGCAUGGCAUGGUGGACUUGUUCUAAAGAAUAGUUCGUUCCCAUCUCGUAUGCAUGUAUGUAGUGGAGAUCCCUCUCUUGUAGAUUCUCUUAUGAAGGUUAAUUCUGUUGAUGCACCAAUGCUUAGGAUUACUCAGCGACUCCGACUUGAUCAACCAAAACUGGAGGAUGUUUCACGCAGGAUCUCUAAUGCUGGCACUCAUGGUCAUUGCAUGCUCCUUACAAUGCCGGGUUCAAUCCAUGCUUCAGAUGAUUCAACCAAUGCUGUUCAGCAGCGUCCUCUAAGGAAUUUAGUGUCUUAUUUGAAACAAAAAGAGGCAGCUGGUGUUGUUGCUUUACCAGCUACUAGUGCCAAAAAAGAUGGCAAAGAUGUAAAUGGAGUUUUAUAUGCUUUCCCUCCAUGUGAAUUUACUUUAGAGUUGUUAAGACGUAUUGUCCCAAAUUUGACUAGUGAGUGUUCAAAAGAAGAUCAUAUUGUGGUGGUGGUGGUGAAAGGUGCAGCUUAAGUGCUGUGCUGUAUUGGUUUUCAUUGUGCGUGUGUGUGUGUGUGUGGUGAAA